AGGCGGUCCGGGGCAGUCCGGGGCGGUCCCGGGGAGGACCUGGGCGGGCGCGGUCCCGGGACGGGCGCGUACCCGGGUACCCGCGCGGAGGAACGGGUAGCGUUGUGUCUUGGAGCGAGGCGGUCCCGGAGGCCGCACCAUGGACUCGGUCCCCGAGGAGUACGAGCUCAACGGCGACCUGCGCCCAGAAUCGCCCCGAUCCCCGGACGCCUCGCCACCCCGCUGGGGCAGGAGCCAGCCUAUCAACGUGAACCAUUAUGCCAACAAGAAGAGUGCAGCAGAAAGCAUGCUGGACAUCGCGCUGCUGAUGGCCAAUGCCUCUCAGUUGAAAGCUGUCAUCGACCAGGGCCCCAGCUUCGCCUUCUUUGUCCCUCUGGUGGUACUCAUCUCCAUCUCCCUUGUGCUACAAAUCUGCGUGGGCGUGCUGCUCAUCUUCCUGGUCAGGUACGACCUCAACAACCCAGCCAAGCACGCCAAGCUGGACUUCCUCAACAACCUGGCCACCGGCCUGGUUUUCAUCAUUGUUGUGGUCAAUAUCUUCAUUACUGCCUUUGGUGUCCAGAAGCCUGUAUUGGACGUGGCACCCCGGCAGUAGGGCUCAGCGGCCUGGAAAGCUGCCUCACCCUUGAGGCCCACCUGCUUACAUGUGGCGGUCCCUGAAACCACCAAAGCCAGGACUGGACUAGAGGACACUUGGGCCAGUGUGAGGCCUGCUCUGUGCUUGGUGGUUCCUUCUCCUGGAGCAGAGACAGCAAGGUCCAGCAAGGCCCAGAGGGCAGAAUUGGAGAUCCCCAAGAAGGGUCACAGCCAGCACAGACACACAGCAGGCCUGAAGACGGGCAGCGAGCGGCCAGGGCCAGCCUUAGUCUCAGGAUCUUCUCAGAGGGACAAGAAGAUGUCCCCCUCAGCCAAUGCACCCUUGGGAGACCCAUGGCCUCUGCCCUUCCUGACCCAUGCCCCAGCCAUGGCUGUGGGCCCUGCAUAUACCUUCCACCAGUAGUAACUGAGUAGGGUCUGGGGCCUGAGCCCCACUUUUCUAAGCACAAAUGACCAAUAAAAUAGAUGCUUCUUCUGUGUA